GGUCUGCUGUGCAGUCUGAAGCUUGAAUGGUGACUCUCAGCAGCAGCUCCUGCAUUUGCAUUUGAUGCAGACUUCUUGCAGACUUUAGUCGGGGGACCCAUCACCGCGGAUGAACUCAACAAAACUUUGCUGAUCGGAGGUUAGAACAGCAAAGAAAAACUCACUGAUAAAAUACUUUAAUUGUGACGCUUGAACCUUGUUGGAGUUAAAUACGUAGUUUGGGAGUGACUCAUGUCGGGUGUAUUUAAAAAAUAAAAUGAAACUCUGGCUUGAAGACGUGCAGACGGGACUAGGUUUCGUGGCGGAGUGGCACUAGAUCCACAGCGCAACAGACUACCGGUGCACAGUUCACCGCUGAGCUCGAGCCAGACAGAGUGCGCUAAAACUGGAGGGUCUAACUCCGGGAUGCAUCGGUGUGGCGUUUAAUAAACAACAGUUUGUCUUUUAGCUCAAUAACGCUUUCGCCUCCACUGUUUUGGGCUGUUUUGAAGAGCAGUUGUUCCCGUGUUUUGUCCAAACCGCCGGGACUUCUCAACAUUGGAAGGACUUAAACUGAACUCAAGAUGUCAAUUUUGCCUUUCACUCCCCCCAUUGUCAAAAGACUUUUGGGCUGGAAGAAGGGAGAGCAGAACGGCCAGGAGGAGAAAUGGUGUGAAAAAGCGGUGAAAAGUCUGGUGAAGAAGCUAAAGAAGACGGGACAGCUGGACGAGCUGGAGAAAGCAAUCACCACCCAGAAUAUCAACACAAAAUGCAUCACCAUACCGAGGUCUCUGGAUGGCCGUCUGCAGGUUUCCCACAGAAAAGGUUUGCCUCACGUCAUCUACUGCCGUCUGUGGCGCUGGCCCGACCUGCAGUCCCACCAUGAGCUGCGGGCGGUUGAGCUGUGCGAGUACGCCUUCCACACGAAGAAGGAUGAAGUGUGUGUCAACCCAUACCAUUACCAGAGAGUAGAGACACCAGUGCUCCCACCAGUGCUGGUGCCCAGACAUACAGAAAUCCCCACUGAGUUCCCACCGCUGGAUGAUUACAGCCAUUCAAUCCCAGAAAACACCAACUUCCCUGCUGGCAUUGAGCCCCAGAGCAACUACAUACCAGAAACGCCACCACCGGGCUACCUCAGUGAGGAUGGAGAGACCAGCGAUCACCAGAUGACUCACAGCAUGGACACAAGCUCCCCAAACCUGUCACCUAACCCCGUUACACCCACACACAGCAACUUAGACCUUCAGCCAGUUACAUACUGCGAGCCGGCCUUCUGGUGCUCUAUUUCCUACUACGAGUUGAACCAGCGAGUAGGAGAGACCUUCCACGCUUCGCAGCCCUCGCUGACAGUGGAUGGCUUCACGGACCCCUCCAAUUCAGAGCGUUUCUGCCUGGGCCUGUUGUCCAACGUCAACCGCAACGCAGCUGUGGAGUUAACGCGCAGACAUAUUGGUCGUGGUGUGCGGCUGUAUUACAUCGGAGGAGAAGUGUUCGCUGAGUGUCUCAGCGACAGCGCCAUCUUUGUCCAGAGCCCCAAUUGUAACCAACGCUACGGCUGGCAUCCUGCCACAGUCUGCAAGAUCCCUCCAGGAUGUAACCUGAAGAUUUUCAACAACCAGGAGUUUGCUGCCCUGCUGGCCCAGUCAGUCAACCAGGGGUUUGAGGCUGUGUACCAACUCACCAGGAUGUGCACCAUCCGCAUGAGCUUCGUCAAGGGCUGGGGAGCCGAGUACAGGCGACAGACGGUCACCAGCACCCCCUGUUGGAUCGAGCUGCACCUGAACGGCCCCCUGCAGUGGCUCGACAAGGUGCUCACACAAAUGGGUUCCCCCAGCAUCCGCUGCUCUAGCGUGUCUUAGGGAAACCCUUCAUCCACCCACUUCCUGCCAGUGACUAAAAACACACAGACUGCAGGCAGGCAAGAACGGCUACACAAGUACGGAAAGAUGACGAGCCCCCCCCUCAUUCAGCCAAUCUAUAACUUAGUCCUUCCUCCCCACCAGCUGUCAGUAGCACUUUUUAUAUACAUGUUGUUUGUGGCAAAAGGGGACAAGUGCAUUAAAACAGUACCACGUUAGUAUGAUCUCCACAUUUUCUCCAGACUUAUUGUGAUGGCAGAGAGGCUGUACCAAUGGGAGGAGGUUUGUUGUUUUUUCAAUUCAAGAGUUUCUUAUUUCUUUACACUUUUGUUUAAAUUUCAUUUUUCAUGAUUUGUAAUGUUUUUGUACAGAUGUUAAAGCAUUUUUAAGCAUUGACUUGAGCAUGUAUAAGAUCAUGUAUAAGAUCAUGUUAACUUGAUUUUGUUUCUGUAUUUGGGCAUUUGAUAGGUUAUGAAGACAUUUACAAAUGUGACCCACAGGGACGGAUUGAAAACAAAUAAUUUAAUAGAAAUGUUCAACCGCCAUUUGUAAACACCUUGUUAUUGAAUAUACUGCAAGCCUAGUACAAGCAUUUGUUUAGGUUUUCAUACGGUCAUAUGCAGCCUAUGUUACUAUGACAAGGAAAAUAACACUUUGGUUACCGACAGGAACAAAUGAUAAAGCAAGUCAUACUUAAGAUUAAGCAGACUGAACUCUUUAAACCCACAUAUGAGUACUUAAAGACAGUGGCAUUCAUCAACUGUCAUCAGGAGGAUGAUGCACUUUUGUAAAACGUUAAUAUUCUCGUAAAGUGAUGUUGGCAAAGUACAUUUAAUGACAGUUGUAGUUCACAGCUGCAAUCGUUCUUGUCAGAAGGUUAUAUGAAAUAUAUCCUGCAUUAAUUUCAGGAAGCUUUGCCAAUUUGCAAAAUACUUUUGCAGCAUUGUAUUGUGUAGUAGGUAGUAUAUGAUAGGCUUCUACACAGAACUUGAAAAACAUCUCACAUACUGUACUAGUGUGUACACCUUUAGCUAAAUUAUGCAUUGAACACACAAAGUGUAGUUGGAACACUUGUGUGUGCUAUGAGUACUCUGCAGAAGGCUGUGUAAAGAGAGCAGGAAGAUGCCUUUGCUUUUUUAAUUUUCUCUCUCAGCAGCCCUUAACAUUGGUCUUAUUUUUAGCCAUCAGUGAUAUUGACUUUUUGCACACUCAGGACCGUGAAAAAAACAAACAGCUGAAUUAUGUACAGAAACCAGUGAAAAGGACGGAUGCAUGUCUCGUGAGACUUUAAAGUCUAUUUUGCUACCAAUUAUUUUUGUAGGACGGUGAGGUGAUAACAUGUUGACAGAUUUGUCCACUCUAAGUGUUUUUGCAUGACAUGACCGAAAACACUGCAGAUCUGGUGAGACAAACCGUGUAUUUUUCUACAUGUGAAGACGAAGCAGUUUCAGUACAAAGCACUGCUCUUUACAAAGGGAAAUGUUUAGACGGAUAGAGGCAUGUAAAUAACAGUAGCUUCUCAAAAUCUGAUGUCCCUAUUUUUAAUUGUUUUGCUCUAUGUACAUGUAGUAAAUACAUGUGUUAUAAUGCAACCGUUAACCUUUAUAAUGUUGAUGGCUUUGGAAACGGGCAAAAGAAAAAGAACCUCAAAGAUCAAAAAGAAAAUGUUGAGAAAAGCUUUUUGCUGAAAUAGAAAAGCGUAGUGUGAGCUUUGGUCUCGUUUCCUUUCAGCCGCCCACUGUGGUGGAAGUGGAUCGAUUUCCUUCUGGUUCUGUAACACUAGACAAAGACGCAGUGGGUGAACACGGACAAUAUUUUUCUUCUACAGUACUUAUUUACAUUAACCCAGCUUUUGAUGUUAAUGCCAGCCCAGUGGUGCUAGUCUUUAACAUGUUUAGGGACUCAAGAGAACAACAAAGCCAUAAGAUUUUACCGUUAAAGCAAUUCAUUAGAAAAGCUGCCAGAUUUUUAUUUAAUGAUGAUGACUUUUAAAUCUUCAAACUAUGAUAUGGGAUUGUUUCAGAGACGGUAGCAUCUACCAAUCUGAGACAAGACAGGCUCUUCUCAGAGCCUCCAGUGUCCUUAAACACCAGUCCUGACUUUAAAGGGCUCUUUAACCCACGGUAGGGCUGAACGAUUUGGAACAAAUAUCAAAUUGACUGAUAUUGCAAUUGCGAUGUGGUUCACGAUAUUGGAGGAAAUCAACAUUUUUGCAUCAUUAUUCUAUAUAUUAAAAAUGGUCAUGAUGUGAUAAUUUUUUUUGUGAGGAUCUGUACCAAACAAAUAUUGUUUUUUAAGUCUGUAGAAUUUGCGGUUUGGAUAUUGCACUAGUCCAUAUUGCGAUUUCGAUAACAUUUCUAUUGUUAGUUCAGCCCUACCCCGUGGUCAAUGUAAUUACCCAGUUGGGAAUAUUUUGAAAGCAAAUUUGUCAUUUUUAUACACUCUUCAAGUUAUAGUGCUUGUGCUUUUCCCCCCUUGUUUAAAUUGUUCACUGUAAUCGUUGUUAUUAGUUGUGAUUUAUGUAUUUGUGCUCGGAAUUGGUCUUUUUAGAUGUUUUGUAUAAAAUUAUACCCUCUAUAUUUCUCUGCCUAUAAAAAGUUGGUGUGAUGCUUUAUAUUUUUGUUUAUUAUUGUUGGUCUAUAAAUAAAAUAUAUAUAUCUAAUGGUGA